UCAGCAUGUUUAUUUACUCUGAAUUCAUUAUUAGAUUAAUGAAUUAGAUUAUUGGUAUCAGAUUUAUUUCUCCUCUGCCUACUCUGUUGCCAUAUCUGUGGAGUUUGUGUAUUGUGUCUGUUGAAUAUGAAUUUGUGGCUCUGUUCCUAUAUUAUUUCCCAUAUUUACUGCAGUUUUACAUAUGAAAUCGAUACCAUUUGAAAUACGUACAGCCUGUAGGCUAGAGGCUGGGACCUGGAAGGUUGGUGGACCAAGCCCUGGUGUAGCCACGAUAAGAUCCGCACAGCUGUUGGGCCCUUGAGCAGCUGUUGGGCCCUUGAGCAGCUGUUGGGCCCUUGAGCAGCUGUUGGGCCCUUCAGCAGCUGUUGGGCCCUUGAGCAAGGCCCUUAACCCUGCACUGCUCCAGCGGGAUCCCCUGCUUCGUCUGAUUAAUGACAUGACGAUGCAAUGGACCAAAGAAUCAUUCAAAGUGGAGUCACCUAGAUUCAUUUCACACAUGUAGUCCUAUUGUCAAAUUAUCACAAAAUAACUUAUUAAUAAUGCUUUUGACUGGAUAUUAUAAGGCCGGUUUUGCACAUUAUGGUUUUGUAAGACAAAAAAAAAAUUUACUUUUGUUGUUGUCAGGGAAGUGAUGCCAAGAGCUCUACGUUUAAGGAAGUUUAUGUUCCAUUAAUGCUUGGCCUUUUCUGGAGUCUAUUUAACACACUCAGAAUGAUGUAAUGUGGGCAGAAACACACGUGCACUGGAGUGGCUGUACUGGGAUUAUACGACCAAACCGGAGGAUGAGUUUGUGUCCUGUAAACAGGAGCGCUCCCACUCUGCCCGGGGUGGUGUUAAUCAGUCCUGCCGAAAGAGCUGCUGAACAAAAACACAUAUUUCUGGUGGGGAUUUUUAAUGGUGACAGCAGUAUUUUGUUGAUACUCUUUUUUAGUUUGUUAAAUUCUCAUGAGCAGAUUAGAAGUAAACACACUGAAACACCCAGUCACCAUAAUAACAUAAAGCUUUGAUAAAUAGUUUUUAAACAUAAUUCUUUUCAUUAUUUUUAUGUUCUCUGUCCAUUGUGUCCUUUUUAGUUUACUGGCAUGUGAGCUACUGAACAUGUGCAGACGUACUAGCAUAGGAAUGUCCACUAGGGGGUGCUGCUCCCACAUAUUUCAGAUUUUCUCAUCACUCAAGUGGCGAGUGGCGAGUGGCUUCCCCUGAAGUCUCCCAACGAAUCACAGGAGCUGUACAUCAACCUCACUCUCUAAUGCAGAAGGGAAGUAUUGACCCAGCUGCCUGUGCCCCGCUGGGCCCGCCCUGGAGCUCUGCUAUUGGCUGCUCCCUCUCCCAGCCUCAUUCGAUUGGCUAUGACAGGAAGUGACACGUGAUGUUCAGCCUGCGGUUGAUUGGUCAUCUCCGGUCACUCUUGGGACCCUGUGUCCUGCCUCCUCUCCUCCUCUCCUCCUCUCCUCCGAGCCGAGUGUCGUGGGAUCCCCAUCCCGGAUCCCCGCUCUGAAACCGCCGGAGUAUGGCUGCUCUGCUCUGUGCUGCCAAGUGCAAGAAGCAAGUGAGCGAGCUCCACGAGGAAGGGAGGAACGCCAUCAACUCUCCCCUGCAGCCGUCCUCCCUGGCCCUGCUCCCCGAGGACACGCUCCUGGAGGAGAACGGGGAACGGAGUAUGUUGGAGCCCCUGUCCCGAGACUGUCCCAAAUUUAAAGAGCUGCAGAGGGUGCUGGUUGACUGGAUUAAUAAGGAGCUGGAGGGAGACAGGAUCAUCGUGAAGGACUUGGAAGAGGACCUCUAUGACGGGCAGGUGCUGCAGAAGCUGUUCGAGAAGCUCUCAGGGCAGAAGCUGAAUGUUGCCGAGGUGACACAGUCAGAGAUUGGGCAGAAGCAGAAGCUGCAGACAGUGCUGGAGGCGGUGAAUGAGCUGCUGAGAGAGAGAGAGAGGGAGAGCACCCCCUGCUGGAGCACCGAGUGGAGCGUAGACUCCAUCCACAGUAAGAGCGUAGUGGCGAUAGUCUACCUGCUGGUGGCGCUAGUGAUGCACUUCCAGGCCUCGGUCCGGCUGCCGGAGCAGGUGUCCGUGCAGGUGGUGGUCGUCAAGAAAAAAGAUGGUGUCUUACAAACGUCCCAUGUGACCAAGGAGCUGACCACAAGCACAGAGAUCAUGAUGGGAAGAUUUGAAAGAGAUGCUUUUGACACCUUGCUGGAUCAUGCACCUGACAAACUAAAUGUCGUCAAGAAGUCUCUCAUCACCUUCGUGAACAAACACUUGAACAAGCUGAACUUGGAGGUGACAGAGCUGGAAUCACAGUUUGCGGACGGGGUGUACCUGCUGCUGCUGGUGGGGUUGCUAGAGGACUACUUCAUCCCGCUCUACAACUUCUACCUCACACCUGAGACCUUCGAGCAGAAGGUUCACAACGUGUCCUUUGCCUUUGAGUUGAUGCAGGAUGGGGGAUCGCGGGCCAAAGCUCGGCCAGAAGAUGUUGUAAACUUGAACCUGAAAUCUACCCUGAGAGUCCUGUACAACCUGUUCACUAACUACAAAAAUGCAGACUGAACUACAAACAUGGAGCCUGCUGGCCCACAGCUUCAGGAAGCUGCUAUCACCCAUGGCAACGCACUGGAGGGAAAAAAACUGGAGCUACAGCAAUGCCCUUCAUCCAUCUUUUAAUGUUUCUUUUUUUAUCUUUAAAAAUCUUUUAUCUUUUAAAAAAAAAAGAAAAAAGAUCUUUGCUAUGUAUGUUAGCAUAACAAAUUACCAACUGGGACUAGAAAUGUGCUACCAUGGCUAAGUCCCAACUGGGUUUAUAACUGGUCAUUGUAAAUUAUUUUGCUAUCAUUGAAAAACCCUGUGUGACUAGAACCAUUUACCAAACCUGAUUGGCUAACACAAGGGAGAAGGGUGUGUGCGAUGAGUUAUGAUGAGUUAUGAUUGGCUUGAUACCAAAACCUGAUGAGCUGAGAGAGCGUUGUGAUGAAUGGUGAAGGAGCUACAACUCUGUGAACGUGACAGGAAGUACACUGCAUCACUGCAUCACUGCAGGCUACUGGCUCAUUCUGAUUUAGGUGUGACAGUGCCUUUUGUGGUUUAUGUCAUUUUAUAAAAAUGAAAAAAAAAAACAACAACAAGCAUAUGCCUAUUCCAUGUAAUAUAUUUCAAAUCAUAUAAUGCAGUUCAUAUAUUUUAUUCUAAGGCUACUAUAUAUUCUGCUACCCGCUUUAAGUCAUUCAGAGAGAAGGAGAGAGAGCCAUGUUGGUACUCCUGUGCUGUUGUGAAGUCUACAUCCUCACCAAACAGACAGGGGCACAUAGUCUUCAACAGUGCAUGACAAGUCUGGUAAAUAGUCAACUAAACAGAGGGAAUGUUCAAUAAAAAAACAAGGAACGACUCGCUUACAUUUCAAUAAUAUUGCACUGACUUUAUUAACGAGUCCUGUGAAUGUGUUAAAAGCCAUAUGAACAGAGAUUGCCUUUGCAUGUUUGCCUACAAACUACGCGACUGGUUUGUUACACAAUUGUGAAAAUACAAUUUUAAAAAAUGAAGAUACAUGUUAUUUACUUGUUUUCAGUCGAAUUAAAUAAAAGCUGAAACUACC